AUGGAUGCGCAUGAUUAUUCAACAAAUGUUAUUAAUGAACUUCAGUAUAGAUUUCCUAACCGGCAAUUAUUUGCUUCUAUGAAAAUAUUAAAUCCUCGUGAAUGGCCAAAUGAUUCUCAAAAAUUAUUAUUGUUUGGAGAUAAUGAUCUAGAAAUUUUAUUAAAGUAUUUUGAGCAACCAAAUUUUCACAAUAAUAUUCAAUUUUCCACACUUUUUGAUAUUAAAAAAUGUAGGAAAGAGUGGGCAGAGUUCAAGAUGAUAACUAUCAAUAAUUUUUCUUCUAAUAAUAUUGAGAUAUUACUUCCUUUAUUAAUUCAAGAUUAUAAUGAUAUAUUUCCAAAUAUCAUUAAAUUAAUUCAAAUAGUUUAUUGUAUUCCCUUUUCAAGUGUGAAAUGUGAGUGUGGUUUUAGCAGACAAAAUAAAAUUAAAAUAAAGGAUAAAAAUUUAUUAACUAUAAACAUCUUAGAUAUGCUAAUACGCAUUUCUUUGGAAGGUCCGGAAAGCAAGAAUUUUAAUUAUACAUGCGCGUAUACAAUUUGGAGUAAUCAAAAAAGACGUACAGGCAUUAAAUGA